AUGACGACUUACACGGUUGACAUCAAUGUCGAUGACUACUGGGUCGAGCAGUUCAACCUCAACGGAUACCGGCUCAUCAUGGCCAAGGUGUUCGAGGACCCUCAGGGGAACGACUACUACAACGUCGUUGCCACGGCUGACGACGUCACGCCCAUCAUGACGGCGAAAUGGACAGACAAGUACCAGAUAACCGGCUCGACACAGGACUUCCGCAUCGGCAACACCAUCUCGGGCAUCUCGGGCGAAGCUGGCGUCAAGUUUCAGCAGUCGUACGUACUUGACAGCUGGUCCGAGCACCAUGUCAUUGACGACCAAUCGGUUCCGGACAACUCGUUUGGGUUCAAAAACGCUAUUACAGCAUCGGCCGUCGUCCAGCUCUCUCUCAAUGGAGAGUGGAAAAGCGUCUACAUGAGCCCGUUGAAGUUCCCGCCGGGCAAAGCCAUCCUGACGCCGCUUCCCAAGGUGGUGUUUUGGUUUGAGGCCCGGCUCGAGUCAUCCACCAUGAUUGCCAUGGACCAGUCGAAUACCAUACUCGUCAACUUGACGGGAAGCAGCAGCGCGACCCUUACGUACGACAAGAAAGGCUCCUGGAAGCGUGACAAGUCGAGACAUGACGAGUAG